AUGGAGAGUCCUAAUCGCAACCGAACUAGGAAGGCUAGUCAUCGUAAUAGCCAUCCUUGCGAUUUCUGCCGCUACAAGCGCGCAGCCUGCCUGUUGCACGAUCAGCCGCCUUGCGAGCUGUGCAAACGGCUGGGCAAAGACUGCACCUUUGUUGGCGAACCCAACAAAAGAAGACGCGUCUCAGACCCUCGGCGUAUGAGCGAUUCGAGCGAUGUCAUCGUUUCGCGUCAUCAAAGUCAAUAUCCUUCCGAUAUCGGCAUGAGAUCCCCAUUCACCGAAACUAAUUCGCCCGGGAAUGAAGCCAAUUUCGGCAAAGACGUGGCGGACUCUACCAGCCCGGAUUCACUACACGCCGAGAGUCACCCAGACAUAUUCCGGCGGGAUGCCCCCCCAUCGCCGUCGUCACUAGACGCAACCCCUGGUUAUAAUGCCCAGGUGAUUGGGCUCAGCGGCGAAUCAGAUCCGUAUCUGCUUCAUCUGUACCGUUUCGACGAGAAGAACGAGUGCGCCUUUCAGCAACUUCACAUCAGAAACGUGGGCUUGAACGAUGGAACGCCUACCCAGUUCAUGCUUCAAAACAACUCUCUGGCAAGAAAGGCACAGCCAGAAGGCCUUGCGGGUAGCGAGUCCGAUCUUCGAUCUGAAGUUGCGGAUAUGAUACCCGAGGAGGUCGGCAAAAGGCUGAUCAACCUGUUUUGGAGAUAUAUCCAGCCAUACUUUCCGAUCCUCUCCAGGGAGCAGGUGGUUCGAGAGACUGACACUAAACCGUCAUCCUUACCAGUUUGCCUCUUGGCAGCUAUUUACGGACAUGCUCUGCCAUUCUGUGUCUUUGACGACAAGCUAUGUGUGGACGUUGAUACGCUGCCUUCAGCGGAUCGCCUCUUCAAGCUGGCAUGGAUGGCAGCACUCUCCCUGUUUCACACCCCGUCACUCGCUGUGGUGCAAACGAUGCUCCUCAUGAUCCAGCGUCGGCCUACCAACAAGCACGUGGCGGACACCCCGUUCAAAUGGGUCAUGCUGGCAGACACUGUUGCGUUGGCACAAUGCCUCGGUCUCAACCUGGACCCAACGGAUUGGUCGAUCCCGUCAUGGGAGAAGCGGCUCCGUCGACGAUUGGCCUGGGCAGUGAUCGUACAGGACCAGUGGCUUAGCCUGAAUUUUGGCCGCAGCUCCCACAUUCAGGAAUGCGACUGGGAUGUAUCCUCUCUUCGCGCAGACGACUUUGAGUCUAUGCCGGAGGUUGAUGACGAUGCACCAGCGUUCAAUCACUUCCUGCACUUGGCUUCAUUGACUGAGAUUGUUUCCAAGAUUCAACGACACAUGUUCUCUGUCAAAGCCACGAGGGUGCUUUCAAAAUCCUUGGAUGCGACUUUCGAAGUUGCCCGGCCGUUGCGAAUGGAGCUCGCCCAGUGGCUGCAGGAUCGUCCAGAUGUGGCAGACCAACCAUCCACAUGCGUGCCUCAUCAUGGCCUGGACGGUAACGGCAGUAUAAAGCUUGCCUACAUCACUGCGAAGAUAUCAGUAUUCAAAGCUCUGCUGCGGCCGAAGAACACCGAAGCUCCUAUUGAGGCCCGUAUGGCCUUGCGUACAGGGGCUAUGGCCGUCGCUCGAGAGAUGUACGACUUCUUGGCGAGGCUUGAGGCUCAUCAUCUAGAAGCGUUCUGGCAUUCUUAUUCACGAGUCAAUUUCGCCAUCGCAAGUAACUUCAUCGUUCUGCUUUUCGCCUUGUCCCCGUCCCCGGCGGAUGCUGAUGAGUCGUUGACGCUCUUGACUCGUUGGCGAGGCUUGCUCCGCAUCAAGUCUAGGAGCUGUGAUCUCCUGAAUUUGAGUUUGCUUCGACUAGAUGCCAUGUUCGUAGCCGGGCUGGGGAGGCUCAUCGAAUUGACGCCUUCUGCAUCUGAGGCGGUGUCGAAUCGGAAUCUGUAA